GAUCAGCAAAGACAACCACCAGCUCCUACAGCCAAAGAAAGCUUUAUCAAAAUGUUGUACAGCUCUAAUACACACAAAAAACAUGCUGUUCUUGGGAACCAGAGCCAGACUAGUACAUCUGAACACGAGACUUCUUCAAGUUCAUCUGCAGAUACUAUAAUCAUCGAGUGUGAUCCAAUUCCAGAAUGUGGAGAACCAUGUUUCCGUUCACCGGAAUCAACAGAAGAAGGGUCAUGGAAGCCAUGCGGGGUAUGCAAGGCAGAAGUGGAAAAGUUAGUGGAGGAAAAAGCCAAACUGCAGGAUGUGCUGUGUAGUAUAAGUGGUGAGCAUCUGGAGGCAUUAAAAUGUUUUCUGGACAAAGUGGAACAGAUCCAACCUCAAGCUGGUUUUGGGGCUCCAAAAAACAGAUCUGGGAAGCAAGAGCUGUAUCCAGGAAGUGGCCUCUAUUUGUCCUCUACUCACCUGGGUGCAAUCCAUGCAGAAGCAAAGAAGGACUGCCUUCGUUUAUUCCAUCUUCUGUUUGAUGAAUUCUUUACUGCAGAGGAGUGCCGAAAUGCUGUGGCAUUUGGGAAACAUGGAAAAGUUCCAGAUGGGAAGACAGUCCUGGAUAAGUUCAAAGUCAAUGGGAUGCUAACUUACAUCAUGUGCUGUAGUACACUGGAUGGUUGGACACCGGUUGGGAAAAGUAAGGUCAAAAAAGCCUUCAUAAAGUAAUGCCGCAUGAGGGCCACAACACUGUAAAUUAUUGGAUGUGGCAUACUGAGAGACAUUUGAAACCCAUGUUCAAAAAGCCAUUUUUUGCAAAUGCUGCAUGUUGGCCUUAAAGACUCUUAAGUUGUUCAAAGUCAAUUGUUAUGAAGUGUUGCUGACACUGUUCAAAACACUGUUGGACACUUUUACUGUUUUAAAAACACAAUUUUACUAAAAAAAAAAAGCCACCUUUAUAGUUCAGAUUUUUAUAAUGGCAAUGUUAGAACAGCCUUGCAGUCUGUCUUUAACUCUGUUGUUAACAUUACAACUACUUAAAGUACUCAAAAUACUCAGCAGUACUCAGUUUUCAAGUUCAAUGACUGUUGGAAUUUAAUAAAGAUGAAGAUUCAGGUUCA